AUGCAAAAAUCCUUCAAGUUCCUGAUCGAGCGUCAACCGUGGGAGCUGAACGACGUUAGGGUGCCCCACCUCACCCACUUCCACCCUCACGACGACGCCGACAUCACCGCCUCGCAGCUCCGCCUCUCUACCUUCCCCCGCAGCAAUCUCGUCGGCUUCGCGGGCGCCACCAGGGAAGAGGAGAAGCAAUGCAUCGCUGCCACCACUGAGUGUCGCUUCCUCAACUGCAACGGCGGCGAGUGCAUGAAGACGGAGGUGGUGGUGGGUCUGUUCAUGGAAUCAGAAUUCUGCCUGCAGCCGCUGGGGGACAGCCCGACGAGGAAGUCAGUGUUCGACAGCCUGGUGGCGGGCUGCAUCCCAGUGAUCUUCAACCCCUUCACGGCGUACUACCAGUACCCGUGGCACUUACCGGAGGACCACCAGAGGUGGUCGGUGUUCAUCUACGAGGAGGAGGUGAGGCAAGGGAAGGUGGACGUGGUGGAGAGGUUAAGGAGGGUGCCGGCGGAGGAGAGGGAGGAGAUGAGGAGGUAUAUUGUGCAUCAGAUCAUGCCAGGGCUGGUUUAG